AUGAUUUACCCGAACGGGACAUUCUCUGCUCAUUCAUCGCCGCAACCCGCAGUUCAUCCUUCCCCACGUCCUACGCCUCCUCUCUUCUACUCCUGGUCGAACCUUGGUACAAAUCAAGGGCCGUGUCCAUCCAAAGUGCCGCGAGCCGCUGUCGGCCCCUUUCACACACGGCGUCACCAUUCACGAAUAAACGGACGUGCUCUUAGGGAAAAUGCACGAGAUUUAUACUCACGCCCGAACAGCAUGAACGGGCAGAAUCAUACACCAAUUGCAAAUAGAGCGAACGGACUUAUGGAUUAUGUGCAAAUCCCCAAAAUCAGUUUAGGGGCAUCCGCUGCGGAUACGACCUUCCCAGAGCAUUGUACCGACCACUCGCUCGACACAUGGAACCAGAAAGCGUUCAACGAUGUCGAGUUCGCCGCGUUGGACCAAAACUUACCGGAGCUCGCACCCAGUGCCAUGGCCAACGAUGAUGAUGAUGCCAUCGUCGACCUAAGGCGAUACCCUAAUAUUGAAAAUGAGUAUGCGCAUGCAGACCUCUACUCGGGGGAUGUUUCGCGACGCGUUUCAGACUCCUCCUUCUCCUUAUCCAGCGCUGGUCCAAUACCCGAGGUGUCUUCUCAUGAGGACUUCCCGACAUCAGAAGCACCAUCCUAUGUAUCGGACCGUGAUGGGUGGAGCAACCUUGAACAGGCUCAACAUCUUCUCUCGCCAAUGCCGUCACCUAGACACUCAUUCCCUGGACCGAUACGCGACUCUUCCCGCUCCUGGGCAUCACCUACCUCUCACUCUAGCAUUAGAACUUCCCCUUAUAAUAUGGACAGCGGUCGAAAUAAAAGAUGGUCUACUGGCAUGUACCCCUCCACGCCUUCUCCAGUAACUCAGGGCAAUAAUUUCAAUAAUCGCCUUUCCUUCUAUGGUGGAUCGCCACAUUACCCCCGGCACUCGGCAACCUCGUUCCUCACGCCCGUGAAUACGACUUCGGCACCGAUGCUUCCGUCUUGGUCAAAAAACAUGCUCUCUCCCCAACCGAAUUCAAUCCCCGCUGCUCAACAUACCCUUUUCUCCUCCCCAGACACGGCUUUCCCGCCUAAUCCUUCUCGGCAAUACCUCCCUUCUCAAGGAUUCUUCCGAUCACUUCAGUCGAAUGGCGAUCACAGCACUCCAGGUUUUGAAUCCUCUCACUUCGCCGCUCCCUCGGACCCACCUGAUCUGUAUUCUUCUCUCAAUGAUCCUCCAUCCGACCCGCCCGAGUCAGACAUGAAAUCCUCUGACCCAGAUCUCGUCCCGCAUGAGCAAGACCUUCGUUUUUCCGGCGAUCUGUAUACCCCACGCUGGGUACGGGGCCACGGCAACAAACGUGAGGGAUGGUGUGGGCUCUGCAAACCCGGUCGAUGGCUCGUCCUGAAGAACUCCGCCUUCUGGUACGACAAAAGCUUCACCCAUGGCGUCAGCGCGGCAACGGGGGCAGCAUUCCGAGGGCCCGGGGAGACGCGCCGUACCGAGCCAAAUAUGGACACCUGGGAGGGGCUCUGUAGCAGUUGCGGCGACUGGGUGAACCUAGUGAGCAACAAGAAGAAGGGCACAACGUGGUUUCGGCACGCAUACAAGUGUCAUCCCCACCCGAAAGUUAAAGACGGCCCGAAGCGCCGUCGCGAGUCCGCCAACCACACCCAACCAUCCCAAGCUCAUCCGAAACUGCGUCUCCACACUUUCUCCAACGCAUCGAACGCCACCCCCUCCUCUACGCCCACCAGCUCCUCGACGAACACCGUCAUCUUCGGUUCUCCCUCCACAUCUCGCAACCCCCAGGAUGACCUUCCUUUCGCCAGCGCUCGUACCGACGACCCGGGUGACGAAAGCGGCGGUGCCUUGCUAUCGGCACCGUCGGGCACGAGGGGGACCAACGUCGUCGCAGGUGUGAAGCGCGAGCGAGAAGUCACACCGCAGUUUCGGACGGAGACCGAAACGCGGGCGUCGGCGUCGGAUCGGGCGUAUGCGCGGAGCUAUGCUGUGGAUCUUCCGGAUCAAAAGACGGCGACGGCGUUGGGAAGCUUUGUAGGGAUUCUUUAA